AUUCGAUUCUUCUUUAUAUAACUAUUGCAAAUGUCACUUCCUCUCUCAAUAAUUCACCCCAUUCUACAAAGCUAAACGAACAAAAACACCAAAAUUUUCUCCUUUUGAUAACCCAUUUUAGACAAAAAUGGAAGAGUUAGACACCCUUUAUCCACCCGAUUCUGAUCUUGAUCUUAGCUUUACAAGUUGUGCUUCUAUUACCACCACAACAAGUGAUCGCACACUCAGUGCUAGAAGCAGUUUAGCUCGUAGCAGCCUUACACUGAGCUUCAACGACCGUCUUUCAUGUACUUCCACUACAAACAACCCCUCAGCGGAAAUCCCCAACUUCCACAGGCGUGCACACCGACAACACGACCCGAAUUGGUCUGCAAUUAAGGCAGUAACUACACUUUCCUCUGACGGAGCUCUACAUCUCCGGCACCUUAAACUCCACCGCCUUGUCGGUUCAGGAAACCUCGGCCGUGUUUUCUUAUGUCGUCUCCGUGAUUAUGAUCAUGCCAAUUUUGCCCUUAAGGUUAUUGACCGUGAUGUCCUUACAGCCAAAAAACUCUCUCAUGUUCAAACAGAAGCUGAUAUUCUCUCCUCUUUAGACCACCCAUUUCUCCCUACGCUUUACGCUCAUUUAGAAGUGUCUCACUACACUUGCUUGCUCAUUGAUUUUUGCCCUAAUGGUGAUCUCCAUAACUUGCUCCGAAAGCAACCUGGUAACCGGCUACCUGUCGAAUCAGUCAGAUUCUACGCAGCUGAGGUACUCAUAGCACUAGAGUAUCUACAUUCCCUUGGAAUAGUCUAUCGUGAUUUAAAACCAGAAAAUAUCCUGAUUCGCGAGGACGGUCACAUUAUGCUCUCGGAUUUCGACUUAUGCUUCAAAUCCGACGUGUGCCCAAAGUUAGAUUUCACCACUAGGAUUCAAGAACGAUCAAAGAGAAGAUACAGCAGUAGUUGCUACGGUGACCGGCUACAGGAAGAAACGGUGACCGAGUUCGUCGCAGAGCCAACGGGUGCAUUUUCAAAAUCAUGCGUUGGGACACACGAGUACUUAGCCCCGGAGUUAAUCAGUAGUGACGGGCACGGUAACGGUGUUGAUUGGUGGGCAUUUGGUGUGUUACUAUACGAAUUAGUUUACGGAAGGACCCCGUUUAAAGGUAACAGUAAAGAGUCCACCCUGCGCAAUAUAGCGUCCAGUAAAGGAGUGAAAUUUUACGUGGAAAACCCUCAAGGAAAUAACGAGUCAGGAAUGAGUGAAUUGAGAGACUUGAUUGAGAAAUUAUUGGUUAAGGAUCCAAGAAGGAGGCUAGGAUGCGCUAGGGGUGCAACGGACAUUAAACGUCACCCAUUUUUUAACGGAAUAAAAUGGCCGUUAAUUAGAACUUACCGGCCACCGGAAGUACGGGGAAUAACUAUAAAAAGGAGUAAGAGUAAGGCGCACGUGAUCAGUCACGUGACCGGAGGAGCAUCAUUACCAAGAAGAAGGCGUUGUUGGUGGAAAAGGUUGGGGGAUCUAAUGAGAAUUAAGGGAUCUAAGUAUAAUUUAAAUUCUAAUCAUAAUUAUUAUUGUCAUACUAAUCACAUGGAUAGAAAAUGUGCGUGAAUAUAUUUCAGCCUUUUUUAACCAUUUAUUUACAUUGUCUUUUUUCCACUUUAUAUUUUGUACAAGUUUGUAAAGGAGGUGGCAGAGAACAUCAAUUUUGGGGGAGAUGUUCAUUUUUUUUCCCUUCUUGGUUUGUUUCCUUUUUGAGGGAAAUUUCAUAUACAUAUUUGUAAAUGAAAAAGAAAGUAAUGGAAGAAAAAGAAUUUACUUAAUUUUGUAUCAUUGGUAA